GGCUUCCGUUCCAGGAGGGCGGGGCGGCAUUCCAAACGGAAGGUGGUUGUUGUCGGUGCCCAAGCUGGUUUGAAACUGGGGGUCGGGCUCCGAGGACGUCGUUUGUUGCUGAGGCUCCACUUGUGGGCUAGGCCGUUCUUGCCCGCCCCCCGACUCCUCCUCCCUGCGGACUCCUUGGUCCUAGGCCCGGCUCCCCGCCUGAUUCGCGCCCAGCCUGCUGCAGCUCUCGCCAGCUCUGCGGCCCAGCUGCCACCAUGUCUCUGCACGGCAAACGGAAGGAGAUUUACAAGUAUGAAGCGCCCUGGACCGUCUACGCCAUGAACUGGAGCGUGCGGCCCGACAAACGCUUUCGCCUGGCGCUGGGCAGCUUCGUGGAGGAGUACAACAACAAGGUUCAACUUGUUGGAUUAGAUGAGGAGAGUUCGGAGUUUAUUUGCCGAAACACUUUUGAUCAUCCAUACCCCACCACAAAGCUCAUGUGGAUCCCUGACACAAAAGGUGUCUAUCCAGACCUACUGGCGACAAGUGGUGACUAUCUUCGUGUGUGGAGGGUUGGUGAAACAGAAACCAGGCUGGAAUGUUUGCUAAAUAAUAACAAGAACUCAGAUUUCUGUGCCCCCCUGACCUCCUUUGACUGGAAUGAAGUGGACCCUUAUCUUUUAGGUACCUCAAGCAUUGACACAACUUGCACCAUCUGGGGGCUGGAGACUGGGCAGGUGUUGGGGCGAGUGAAUCUUGUAUCUGGCCAUGUGAAGACCCAGCUCAUCGCUCAUGAUAAGGAGGUCUAUGAUAUUGCAUUUAGCCGAGCAGGAGGUGGCAGGGACAUGUUUGCCUCUGUGGGUGCUGAUGGCUCAGUGCGGAUGUUUGACCUCCGACACCUGGAACACAGCACUAUCAUUUAUGAAGACCCACAGCAUCAUCCACUGCUUCGACUCUGCUGGAACAAGCAGGAUCCUAACUACCUGGCCACUAUGGCCAUGGAUGGAAUGGAGGUGGUGAUUCUGGAUGUCAGAGUUCCCUGCACACCUGUCGCCAGGUUAAACAACCACCGGGCUUGUGUCAAUGGCAUUGCAUGGGCUCCACAUUCAUCCUGCCACAUCUGUACUGCAGCGGAUGACCAUCAGGCUCUUAUCUGGGACAUCCAGCAAAUGCCCCGGGCCAUUGAGGACCCUAUCCUGGCCUACACAGCUGAAGGAGAGAUAAACAACGUGCAGUGGGCAUCGACUCAGCCCGACUGGAUCGCCAUCUGCUACAACAACUGCUUGGAGAUACUCCGAGUGUAGUGUUGGUGGUAUCUAACCCACCAGGCAGGGGCGUGUGUGCUUUCCACCUCUGCCUUCCCCCCUCUCCCCCAAGUAAGAAGAACAUGUUUCCAGUGGCCAGUAUGUCUGUCAUUGCUUUGCACCCACUGUUUCCAGAAGCUGCUUUAGGAGUUCCUGGCCAGUUAGCACUCGAUGUCUAUGCUGGAUUCAGUGCUAUGUGGCACCUCUCAGCCCAGGACUGAGUUUUUAAGAUUUUUCUCUCCUUUCCUUUUCUCCCUUGCUUCUGUAAUUAAACAUUUCUAUAUAUUUGUUUGUCAGCCGUUGUGUUCAUGAGCAGUACAAGCACUGCCUCUGUUUCUAGCCAUCUGCCCCAAUGUCUCUUUAUCUCUCUGCUGCCCAAGGCAGCCAUUCAUGUAUUGUCCCUGUCCACGUCCGUGUUAGCACUUAAGUGGGAACAAAUAAUAAUUUGAAGUUGUCUUUCCUCUGGUAUCAGUGUCUUUAACAAAUCUCAACAUUUGUCUGUUUUUUAUCAGGCUAUUUUUUUUUAAAUGAAAAGAAUUUUUUCUGGUUUCUUUUCUUUGUUUUCUAGUCCUCCUUCUUUGCACCUUCUUCUCUUCCCUUAGUGCCUAGAGCAGAUAUGGGCCCUUGACCCCAAGAGCAGUUUACUUUCCCAAGUCACUACCUGAGUGACACAUACCUGACUGGGAGUCCUGAACUUCCCUGGUGCUCUGCAGUCCAUUGAGCCACCAACCUGGUUCUUCUCAAGGUCAUUCUGGGCUCUAGGACACUCACAGGAAGCCUUCUGUUACAUCCUGGAGUUCUGUCCAGCCACACUGAUACCUGUCAGGCAUGUGGUAGAGCUAGAACAGGCUGCUGACUUGGGCUCGGGCUGGAGGAGAAUCAUUUCAGAAAAGCAGAACUUACAGCAUGUUUCUAGUACCUUGUAUCAGAGUGUUUUUAUCUUCUCAUUAUAAGCUACAGGCUACUCUAUUUCAGGAUUUGAAUGAUAGGCAAGAACGAUCUCUUAGCUGAGCGGAGCUUCUAUACUUCUGUUAACUGAGUUUCCUGUGCCUGAUGGGAUUGAGUGUUGAGUGAAGAAGUCAGAGGUACAGCCUGUGCUUAUGGCUAUGAAUAAGAGAGAAGCAGUUCUUGUAAGGGCUGAACUAAUUCGCAGAGAUGAUCUCAGACCACUUAAAUAUCUACAAAAGAAUCAUAGGCCUUGGGAUCAGCCAGCCAAGCCUCUACCCAUACCUGUGAAACUUGCCCCCACCCUAGUUUAUUUUUUGGGUUUCUGAGCAGUAUUGGACUUGAAAGCUGCAGUUGACGGUGUUUACUUACAGGCUGCUGGUAUCUGUUUCCGUUAGAUGAAUGGGUUCCACAGAGGGGCUUAUGUGUGAUUCUGAGUUUAUGCAUUCCUGGGGCUGACAGAGUUUGGAACAUGUUCUGGGGAGAGUUUGUCUGGCUCAUCAUGUUUUGCCAAGUGCCUAAAAGCUUUUCAGACCCUUCAAGUUGCUCAUCCGAAAUGAUGAGAGCAGCGGGCCCUGAAGGCUGAUGGGUUUUGUCCACUUAGGCUCUCACCUCCUCAAGAAAUAAGGCUCACUUCCUUCUACGCCCUUAAACUUUCUGCUUGAAUCUUCCCUUUCUGUAGUGAUGUAGUUCUAUGCCAAAAAUUAUAGCUUACACAAGCACUUGUCUCAAAGGAAAGGCUUUUUUAGUCAGAUAUUUCCUCUUUGACCUUCUAGAUCGUUCUGAUUUGGACUCUGGCUGGCUGUCUUCCUUGAGGUUGACUUAACUGCAUUUCCCACCCAGUUUCCAGUACAUCAUCUGGAAACACUGUGCAGUUCUUGGUUUCACCUGUCCUCUACUUUUAACUAUGCUAGUGAAUAUUCUCUUGUCAAGAAUAGCAAGUAUGACUGGUAUUUGCUGCCUUGGAGGUCCUCAGUUCCUCCUGGGAAGAGGGUCUGCAGUACAAGUCAGAAGACUAGCAGGGUUAAUCCUGCUGGUGAGAUCCUGCCAUCACUGAGUUCCUAGUGGACUUUAACAUGGUCUCAGUGGCAAGGAGAUUAGUCAGCUAGAACUCAAAUAACAAUUUUUCAAUCAAUGAUUAUAGAAUAGAUAUAGAUGAGGUAAUUACUUACUUUGGAAACCAACCCCUUUGUCACUCUUUGCCUUGUCUUGUGGGCUCGUAGACAUCCUUCCUUAGGCCCUGCAAUAUACUCCUCCUCCUCUGUACCCCACUGGACUCAAGCAAGAUUCUCCUGCUCCCUAGGCACAUAUUUCUGCAGUUGCUGGCACGCUGGCAUUUUAAGCUUUCUCCUUCCCCCUUUAUAGCACAGGCAGUGCACUGUGACUGAGGAGGGGAUUUCUAUAGUUUCAGGAUAAAGCUGUGCUCCAGGAAGCACAAGUCCAGUCACUUCAAAGACAAGUCUGUUUAAGGUUGAUCCAUUUCUCUUGACAGCUAGUGAGACUAUCCAGGGUCUCCUGGUCUUCUGCUCCCUUCCUGUUGCUGCCCACUUUACCACAAGGGCCACAUGAAAGAACCUGUGGCUCUAGGACAGCUUUGCUGGUGCUUUGACUUGCUGUCAGUAUGCUGAGCUACAGACCUAUUGCCUGUGCUGUCUUUGGUCUCUACCAGCAGAAGGUUAAGCAGGUGAUUGAAUUUGAGGCAUUGACAAACUUGAGGACCCCACUCAUGGUGUUGGAGCCCUCUCUUUCCAGGGAGGAACUAGCCCACAAGGUUAGGAAUUAAAGAUAGACAAGAUCUGAUAAGUGGGUGAGAACUCUAAUAAGCCAGAUCAACUACUGGAGAACUGACUUCGAUUUAGGAAGAGAAAAAAAUUCAGAAUCCCACCAUGUUUUACUUAUGGCUAAAUAUAUAGGAGGAGAUUUAAAGUUGUGUGAGAGUCAUUGUUGUUUCCUUGGAUCAAAAGAGGGGAUGCAUUGAGGGUCUUAGGGAAGAAAACAUUGGGACUGUUACAUGGCUGUGGAGUAACACUGUGUCCUCAGCAUGUGUCCACCUUCCUGGACCACUAAUCAGGCAUCUGUGGUUGGCACUGAAUAAUGGAUACGAUGAGAGCCCAGCAGAAGGAGCUCUUUGCCCCAGCAAGGCAGCCAUACGUGAUAAUGUAAUAAAAUUCUGUUGUGUUGGUUGUCCUGUGACUUCCCAACCACAGUUCUUCUUGAUUGAAGGUGUGUUUAAUGGUGGCAGACAAUCAUGCAGACCUUGUCCCCCUCCUUUGUCUCUUUCCUUUACCUUUUUUUCUGUAGAACUUUCUCCCUCUAUAGCCUAGGCCCCAAAUUUCUAGGUUAUAAGGACUUGUGGAAGCCCCCAACAUGUACCAACCAUGUGAGGGCAGUCCAGAACCACUCCUCCACUGUCUUCAUUUUGAGCAUAUAGAAGCUCCUUUGACUGCUGGCUUGGGGCAGGGAACUGUUGAAGUAGACACCUCUAAGCACACUUUACCCUUUACUGUAUGCACUCCAGGACAAGGAACAAGGGUCAUCCUUGGUACUUAGAUUGGGUUUUCUGGGAAGAGAGCUGAACUAAGAAAAGUCACUAUGAGCUUUAGGCCAGGUUUUCUGCAGGUCAUCUCUGCCCUGGCUGGGCAGCUGCUGAGAAUGUCUUGUGUUGCAGAGCCUUGUUCAUCUCCCCUCCUGCUCCCUCUCCUCCUCCCACAUUGUUAUUGCUGCUAAUGGUCAAAGUCAAAUGUAUGGUCAUAGGGGAUGGGCCAGGGCCCAGUUACUUUCUGGAUGUCAUUUUUUAAAUAUGGAAACAUGAAGGUGCCUUCCCAAAGAGGCUUAAACUUGAAUGUCAAACCAGAAACAAAAAGCUAAAGAAAGUUUGAAUCCAGAAGAAAGAUGUUGACAGUAUGUGUGACAGCUGGAAAAUGGCUGGGUGCCUACCUUUGGGACAACCCAGGGAAGAUGAACUUGUGAUAGCUACUAUUUAAAAGCAUGGUCUUACCUUGGGUUGUUGUGGCAUACAAUGUGUUAUAAAAAUCGUUGAGCUAAAGCUUUGAAUCACUUUAGUCGAGUAUGAAUCACUUGUGUUGAUUCCUGUGUAUUUUAUGAUCCCUCUGUUGUGACUUUCCCUCACCACCCUUUCUUGAGUGAGAAUUUGUAGCAUGACUGUAUAAACUUCUCUGUAGGAAAUGGAGAUUUCUCAUUCUCUAAAAUGUUAAGCUCUAACCAAUCCAUUUCUGUACCCUUUAGCCUAGUAUGUCUGAACUUAUUUUCUUGUUAUAUAUUUAAACUUUGACUCUAUCCUAUAGGUUUUGUGGCACCCUCUGGUCAGGUGGAGAGGAAACUGCCCCUUACAGAACUGUACUGUAACCAUUUUUCUUUUAUAAAUACCAUUUUCACAAGAUUGAUUGUACACAGGGCUUGUAAUAAAACUUUUAACACUGUGCUGUGAAACCAUGCUGAGGACUCUCCACUGAAAGCUAUUUCAAGGGCACUGAAAGUGGAGCGUUCUUUCUGUGACUUUGCUUCUUCUUUCCUUAGUAUAUUAAAUCUAAUGAUCACCCUUUUAUUCUGUUUCAGCCUCCUGUAUAAGAAGUACCGUAUUUUCUGCCCAUUAUACUUUGUAAUAAAACUUGAACAUGUAUAGAUUGAA